AUGAAUUCGAAAUUAACAAGAAUCAAGAUUAUUAAAAAAAAUUGUAAUGUAUUUCAGGCUUUGAUAGCUGCAGCAAAUAGUGAAAAAUACAAUAGGGUUAUAAAACAACCCCGUCAAACAACUUUAUGCUCCGAAAGAAAAUUGGCUGGUCUGAUAUGUGAAAACUGUGACAGAUUAGCGUUUUGUGUACAAAUCAGUAAUAUUUGGCAAACAUAUCCAGUUGAACCAUGCGAUAUUAGCGAAGGACAGUUUUGCAAUAUUUAUGAAGAAAAAUGCUCUGAUGCUCCUGGUCCAUGUAAUCGUUUUGGUUAUGAAGAAAAUUUUCCAUGCACAUCUGAUGGAAUUUUUCCUGACCCAUACGAUUGUCAAAUAUAUCACAUGUGUUAUCAAGCGGAACCAAAUGCUCAAGACUAUUUACCAAUAGCUGGUACAGCAAGGUGUGAAGGUAAUCGGGCCUAUUCAGUAAUUUCUAAUGAUUGCUCUCUAACACUAUUAGAUGAUGUUUGUAAGAGAAAGCAGUAUACUUGUAGUUUUCCUGGUGAGAGUCAUUUUUGGCCGAACAACCCAAACAUAUUUUAUAUUUGCCAACCAGAAGUAAAUAAUAGAGGAAAAUAUUACUUAUAUCCCACACUUUAUCGUUGUGCACCUGGUGAAAUUUAUGUUAACAGUACUUGCUUAUCGAAAACUGAACAUAAUACUACGGAAACACCUUCCAUAAAUAAGACAACAUUUUCAACAGAGAAAAGUUCAGAUAUUUUAUGUGAUUCGAAAUUUGGACUUAGGGAGGAUCCAAAAGACUGCAAUUCAUACUAUUAUUGUACUUUAACAAGCGAGAAAGCAGUACAUCAAACUUGUCCUGAAAAAACAUUUUUCGACAAACAUACCUUGUCAUGCACUCUUGGACAUUGUAAAAUUUAAUUUUUAUGUUUGUAUGUA